AUGAGGGCCAAUUGGGGUUGUGUUCGUGGCUCAAGACAAUGAAUCUCACUAAACUUGAGUGCUUACAGCGCGGGAGGACGCUGUUUUGUGCUGGGAAUUGGGUGGAGGGACGGGUCUCUCUUCGGUCUUACCGAAUGCACCAAUAAAAACACACAACCUACUAUAUGUACAAACCUAUCUAAUGAAAAACAACCUACAAGUGAAAAACAAAAAAAUAAAUAAUUUUUUUGUUAAAAAAACCCAAUAUUAAUAUUUUUUUGACCAAAAUGAUAAUUAAGUUUUUUUAAAACUACAGUUAAAAAAACUAUUGUAGACACGCGGAAUACGUUCUACUACCUGAUCGCCAAUUGUUGUAUAGUGCGAAUAUAUACAACUGUUAGUUACUAACUAUUUACUUCAAAUCAAAAAGUAAAAAAACGAAGACAACACAAUGUAGGAAGCAAUCGCGGAACGCGAUUGCGCAGAAAGUGGAACUGUGAAGGUGGCCUGCACAUCUUAAUAAUGCGCGGCAAUUUGAAAUGGUGUAGAUUUACGGGGUGAAAUCUAGACACUACAACAAACUUAAAUGUUUCUAUUAGAGAAUACGAACUUUCAGGCGAUUUCAGUAGAAUAUUGAUGUCUCCAGUGUAACUUCUUAUUUUGAGUCUACUUUUUUGACUGGCGUCUUUACCAGUUCCAUUCAAAAAUGGUUAUGUAUCUUCAGACGAUUGCGACGAUGAGCACAUUGCCGAAGGAAAGGUUCCGGUAGUUCAUUGUCCAACGAUAUGCGUGUCCCUUUUCGAACAACCCAACAUUGCUGGUGAGAAGAUCCUCGCCCCGCUGAUAUGUGGGCAAUUUUGAGGCGUGCGGAUAAAAGGCCACAUUCGCGGCUGCAUGAACGACGUCCUCAUCAACGGCUUCAACCAGACGAUCGUCACUUGGUAUCGCUGGAUGCAUCGCGACUCUUGUCGACCCUAUCGGUUUCUUUUGUCAACUUUUCACAACUUUAUUCCGUUUUUUUUUCAAUAGUCCCUGACUAUUUUUUUGCAAAUUUGGAAGACUGAAAGGUCAUUCGAGAUCUAUGAGAAUUGCAGACAUAAAUCAAUGAUGUUAUUUUUUUGAAAAAAAACAGCAAAGGUACUUGAUACUCAGUUGGUACACAAAAACAAAAAGGAAAGACGGUGAACCAAAAUCAUUGGGAGGGAUGUUUCAGGAAAAAGGAGCUUUUCAAACUCGGCGGCGCCCUGACCGACGACUCGACCAUUGACGUCUGCACCUGCUACGCGGACCAUUGCAACGGCAACUCGGCCGCCAGCCAUUCCCUCGGCUUUUUCCUCGCAUUCUUAAUUUUCCUGUCCCUCCGAUGA